UGUUGCAAUAUUUAUGCAUAGUAUUUAAAUACACAUAUAAACCAAAUGUGCAAAAUAAAACUUGAUUUACCCUCAAUAUAAAGGAAAGCUCUAUUUCAAUAAAUUUUAAUAAUGAAUUUUAUUAAAGUUAGGGUUUGUUAUUGUGUCUUUUGGUUGUAAACAGGAUAACUGAAGGAUUUAAUGUAUAAGAGGUUCAUGUGUCUUUUGUUCACAUUUUUCCUCUAUUCUUUUCAAAUCUUACUCAGUGGGAUUGUCAUCCUUUGUAAGAAGAUUCUUGGGUCAACAGUCAGUAGAACUCUGCACUUGGAAAAGCCUCCAUUUCCUUUUGAGAAGAAAUUAAAUUACAGCUUAAAGAAUUCACACAUAAUAAUUUUGUUGAAAAAUGUAUAUGUUAGAUUCAGGGUCUAAAAUUUAGUUAAGAAAAGAAAGACAACCCUGUGUGGUAGCAGGCGGGGCAAGCAAAGGUGGUGAAGAGCCUGGGAAGCUGCCAGAGCAGGCAGAGGAGGAAUCCCAGGUUUUGCACGGAACUGGCCACUGUAAGUGGUUCAAUGUGCGUAUGGGAUUUGGAUUCAUCUCCAUGAUAAACCGAGAGGGGAGCCCCUUGGAUAUUCCAGUGGAUGUAUUUGUACACCAAAGCAAACUAUUCAUGGAAGGAUUUAGAAGCCUGAAAGAAGGAGAACCAGUGGAAUUUACAUUUAAAAAAUCUUCCAAAGGCCUUGAAUCAAUACGGGUAACAGGACCUGGUGGGAGCCCCUGUUUAGGAAGUGAAAGAAGACCCAAAGGGAAGACACUACAAAAAAGAAAACCAAAGGGAGAUAGGUGCAGACGGCAGGAUUUACUGAUGGAUCAGAAGUGGACUGUGAGAGAAGAAGAGUCCAGGAUGACUCCAAGAUGCUACAACUGUGGUGGCCUUGAUCAUCAUGCAAAGGAAUGUAGUCUACCUCCUCAGCCAAAGAAGUGCCAUUACUGUCAGAGCAUCAUGCACAUGGUGGCAAACUGCCCCCAUAAAACUGUUGCACAGCUGCCUGCCAGUUCUCAGGGAAGACAGGAAGCAGAAUCCCAGCCAUGUACAUCAGCCUCCCCUAGAGAAGUUGGGGGAGGGCAUGGCUGCACAUCACCUCUGCUUCGUCAGGAGGCUACAUCAGAGGUCUCAGAUCGGUCAGGCAGGUCACCUCCAGAAGUUUCCUCCAUGAAGGCAUCUGCAGCUCCAGAAGAGCAAAACAAAAAGGGGCCUUCUGUUCAAAAGAGAAAAAAGACAUAGUCCUUCUUAAUGUAUUGUUUUCCCUACCUGAUUGGGAAGUCUACCUCAUGCAAGUACAGGGAAACAGCAUUUCACAGAUAGCAGCUGACCUGAGAUUUCAACUACUGUUGAGGAACUGUGGAUUUUUUUUUUUAACAGACAAAUCACUAUAAGCAAAUUACAUUUGAGCAGGUUGUCAUAUUUGAGAGGAGAGAGCCUGGAUCUGUGUGUAUGUAUGAGGAUUUUACAUAGGAAUGUAGACAUAUAUAUAAAGAUGGUUUGUCUUUAUAUGUGUGUGUUAUGGAUAAGCACAUACCCUCCCUCACAUAAUUGGAUAUCUCCAGGAAAUUGAAAAUCCAUGUGAAGCAUUUAAGAUGGUUUAGAAAAUAAUACCAUGAGUUUUUCUUAAAAUAUCACCUUUUUAUAUUACAUAAAAAUGAAAAUAUGACUGUUACCUUUUGUGUGAACCAAAGGAUACUUCAAAUCUCAGAGAUGCCAGUCAUAUGGUACUGAAGGUUUUUUUAAGAUACCCAGUUUCUCCCGAGUUUGGGAUUGCCUCUUUUUCUUGCUAUCUAUGGAGAGGUGUUUUUUUUUUUUCCUCCUCUUUGAAGGCAGUACCUUACCUCCAUAUGCUUCUGACUGCCAUAGCUUUUUUGAUUCUGGGAUACAUAACUCCAGAAAAGACAAUGAAUGUGUAAUUUCUGUGCCGACAUUUCAGUGUUUUUAAUUCUAUGUUUUGAUUGUAAAUUACAUGCCUAAUAAGAAAAAUGAAGGGGAGGGUAAUGUAUAAAUGUAGUAAGUUGAUUAUUUUCAGUGGUAUUUUGAUACCAGCUCAUUAUAAUCUUUUACAUGGGUUGUGACAACAGCAGCUUCCCUUAACUGAGUCGAUCUUGUAAGCAUCACUUAGUGCAGGGAGCUCUCCUUAUUUACUACUGAAGACCUUAGAGGAGAACUCCAAUCAUAUGGUCUGUAUUUUUUGGUGGCUAUUUUUAUUCCCCCUGGAGAGUUCUCUAACUUGUUUCUAAAAAGCAGCAUGGAAAUGAAUAAAAUACUGGGAUUGAGAAUAAAAAUUAAGUAGAUGCUCAUAAUUUCCCAGUAAGUUUGACCUGUGAAUGAUACUAAAAAGUAGUGUUUGGUGGCAGGCAACUAGAGUGAAAAGCCUGGUACUAAAACCUCUCUCAUCAUAUAAUUAGAAGCAUCUUGUACAAUAACAUUGAUCUGAUGAACAUUACCUUCAGCACGUAUGCUGAAGGUACCAUGUGGUGGAUCCAAGAUGAACAUCAGAUGCUAGGGUUAGAGAAUCUUCUCAGGUUGGUUUUCAGUUAUAGUAACAAACUGGCUAGGGACCAGUUAUAGUAUUGGUCUCUUUAGGUUUCAGUUAUGAGAAAAAAUGAAUUUGGUGUCAUCCUGUUUCUAUAAAUUAUAGGUAAAUUUCUGAAACAUUUCCAAAAAAGGUACCAAUUAAUUAGAAUGCUUACUAUUGGCAAUAAAUAUAGUUUUGAAUGGGCCUGUUAAUGUAAGCUCAGAUAAUCAGAGAGAGAAAGAGAGAGAGAGAGAGAGAGAGAGAGAGGGAACACAAACAGCUUGACUCAAAUAAGACAUACUCUGCUGAACAGUUCCUGCUCCCUUUUCUGUUGUCCUGUCAUGGAUUCUGGGAUAGUUGCUACUGUUUCAGCAAGCCAUCUGAAGAACCACAUGCCUCAGGCUGGCCUGCCAGUCCUUUAUAGCUCAGCCUGGAUUUCACAGCACUGUUUAUAAUUUCACAGCACUGUUAAUCUCCAUGGUUAUAUUGAAAUAUCAGUGUGCUAUGAUGCCUACCUUUGACGAUAUUGAAUGUGAUAUAGCUGUAGAGAAGUAUUUCCUUGCCUUAUGUGAGGAUUUCAAGCUUAUUUAAAUUAUGUAGACAAAUCAAAGUGGCAUUGCUUAACUUUUAGCAGGUAUAAUAAGCAGAUUAACAGUAAAAAUGCAAAAUAUGACAAGUCACUUUGAAAAUUCAAACCAAAGUUCCUUGACUUUUUAGAAAUAGGAAAUUAUGGACUUGAAAAUUGGGCAUUCCCUGUUUACAUGUAAAAUGUUCAGAGCUGAGAUCAUGAUAGAAAAUGAAAAUAGAAAAGACAGAAACACUUGAGAACUGCGGACCUCAUGGGUGCAAUUUUAAAUCUUCUACAUCUGACUAGACUGAACUACAAAGAGCACAUACCAAACCUAUCUUAUGGUUAAAAGUUGGGGUUUAUUUUUUAUAUGAGAAUAUUGUCACUAUUACAUAACAUACUCAGGACAAAUAACUUUGCUCAGGGAACAUUCUGUAUAAUGUUGUUAUUUCUUUACAGACUAGUCUACAGUCCUGCUUACUCAAAACAAGCCAAAUAACUUAGACCUUUAUGUAAGUACAUGUACUUGAUGUUAGUAACUACCUCUGAGUUUGACAUAGAUCAAAAUUUUGAGUAUCAGAUAUCAAUUCUAUUUUCAUUUCAUAUGAAAAGUCCCCUAAAGCAGAAUUCCUCAACUCCUUGCAGAUGUGAAUAUCACUGAUAUUGUUCAUUUACCUUGGUGAAAUAUUCUUCUGUUUACAGCAAAGGGCUACCUCAUUGUUGAUACAUAGCACACCUUUAUGCUGCUCUAGCCUUACAGAUGACUGAGAAUUCUCUGGUACAGAAUUUGUAUUAUAGAUAGUAAUUCAUAACUGCAUGUUUCUGAUAAACAUGUUUGAAUAAUGAAUCUCAUUUUAAUUAGCAAAGUCUCCAAGCAUUUCCUUAAAGUUAAUCAUGUAUUUAGUUUGAAGAAUUAUGGGCACUCUUCAGCUUAAGCAAACCAGAACACAAGCAAUCUUGGAAAUAGUUGCUUUGUCCAGAGCUGGGGGGUUCAGGAAAGGGUAGCAGGAGGAGGAAUUGGUGUAUUAGUGUACAAUAUUCAUCCUGGGCAAGUGGUAUAAAAUAUGCCACAUUCCUUCAUUUACAUGUCUCUGCUACCCUGAAGCCAAAAUAUAUUGGAUUAUUAUAGCCCCAGGCAGGUAACUAGCACUGGCAUGCCAAGGAGUGAACUUAAAGUGUAAUGCCAUUCCUAGCUACUGAGGGGAAAGGGUCUAUGGGAAGCAGCAGUUUGCAGGAGUUACUAAUGAUGGGGCAGAAGGUCUGUGAAGCAAGCUGUCUCUUGAACUCAGCCUCAUGCUAACACAAAUGUAAUUCCUAAGAAAGGUGCACUGCCAAUCUCUUAGCCCUAUCAGCUAUUCAUUUGCCUCAAGGCAGAUUAUAGUGAAAACAUUUUUAUAGUUAAACAUUUCUAGUCUUUGGAUGUAUUUUUACAGUUGAAAGAGUUAGAAUGGUUUUUACCUGCUUACAAUUUGGAAAUUUAGCAUGCAAUGUAAAGAAGAAGAAACAUCAUGUUAUUAGCAUCAGUCCACCUCCAAAUAUAAGACAUUUUAAUUGCCAGUAUUUUUUUAUAUUCUGGCUCAGUUUUAUUUUGCACCAGUGCAGCCCCAAGUUACUGCUGGUUGUAUUUAGUUUGUGAAUAGAAGCCCAUAAGUGUUAAUAAACUUUGUAACAUUCACUUUAAGAUGAAUUAUACAGAACAUGGGUAAUCUCAUUAAGUCUUAAAAGUUAAUUUAAAUUAAUUUAUCUGUUUUCCCUAAGAAAUGUUUAUCAGAAAAUAUAUAUGCAUAUUUCUCCUUUGGUUAUAAAAUUUGGGAAAAUAUGCAGCCGCACUGACUUUAAUUUUUUAGGUAUCUUAAUGAGAUUUAUUUGUUUUAGAAAAGAACAAUUAUUGAAAGAUCAAAUUUUGUCUGACAUAAUUGUCAACAGCCUCUUUAAAAUGUGGUUGUGUGAUCUGUGUCCUAGUUAUUCUGUUAGAGUGAGAGAUUGACCUAUGAUUCAUUGUUAAAUUUCAUGUUUGGAAUGAAGCUGCAAAGUUAUGGUAAAGUACUGUACUAUGAGAAAGUAUUAUGAUAUUUAAUACAUCUGUGGCUUAACACUUGUGAAAAUUCCCAGCUUGAUAAUGAUGGUGUUGACUACCUCUUUAAUCCCAUCUAUCAACCACUGGCACCUACCACCAAGCUGGCUUUAAUAGUAUGUGUUGCUUCUUUUGGUAUUAACACCUCUAUCCAUACUAGAGACCAAAGUGAACCCUGAUUUCUGUGUCUUAAUACAGUGUUUUAUCUAGUAUUUUAAAAUUAUACUGUGUAGUAUUUAGAUUUAAUCUCAUUGUCCAUUUUGAUUCAUGUUGUUUACAAGUGAAAAUUUUUUAAAAACCAGUUGAACUGUUUGUAAAGGACAAAAAAGAGUUGAUGUUUAGAAUGAGACUUCACUCAUGUUCAUUCACCUCGAUGGACUAAAGUACUGUUUGUCUUUCUUCAGAUGUGGGUUUUAUAUUCUCAUUUCAUGCCUGUUGUCUUAUUCUGUUAAUUAUGGAUAUUUUGAGGCUUAAAAAGUACUUGAUUAAAAAAUAAACAUAUAACAUCGACAUUUA